AUGGCAGCAGUAGCAGCAGGACCAGACCACCUCUUCAAUCUUCGCAACAACUUCUACUUGGGCGCCUACCAGGCCGCCAUUAACAACAGCGAGCUUCCCAAUCUCUCUCCAGACGACGCCGUCGAGAGAGACUGCCUCGUCUUCCGCUCUUACAUAGCCCUCGGCAGCUACCAACUCGUCAUUAAUGAGAUCGACGCCUCCGCCGCCACGCCUCUCCAGGCCGUCAAGCUCCUCGCUCUCUACCUCUCCGGCCCCGAUUACAGGGAAUCGGCGAUCUCGAGUCUAAAGGAAUUGUUGGCAGAUCCGGGCAUCGGAAACAACUCUAUUCUGAGGCUGAUUGCUGGGACAGUCUUCAUGCAUGAACAGGACUACAAUGAAGCUCUCAAACACACCAAUGCUGGAGGCACAAUGGAGCUGAAUGCAUUGAAUAUCCAAAUAUUCCUUAAAAUGCAUAGGUCAGAUUAUGCUGAGAGGCAGCUGAGGGUCAUGCAACAGGUUGACGAGGACCACACACUAACUCAACUUGCGAAUGCAUGGUUGAAUCUGGCAGUGGGUGGUUCAAAGAUACAGGAGGCAUAUCUCAUCUUCCAAGAUUUCUCUGAGAAGUCUCAGGUUACAAGUUUGAUCCUGAAUGGAAAGGCUGUUUGCUGCAUGCACAUGGGAAACUUUGAUGAAGCUGAAAGCCUUCUUGUUGAAGCACUGACCAAGGAUGCAAAGGAUCCAGAAACUCUAGCCAACCUCGUUGUAUGCUAUCUUCACCUUGGAAAAUCACCUUCUCGUUUUCUCAGCCAAUUGAAACUUGGGCACCCAGAUCACAUGCUCGUCAAACGGGCCGCAGAUGCAGAAGAGGGAUUUGACAGAGCUAUCCAAUCAGUUGGUUGA